AUGGGCCUGCGCGUCCGAGACUUUGUUUCCUGCGACUCGAGGCGGGGACGGGGAGGAGCCGAGGUUUCCAAGGCCGCGCGCAGGCCCGAGCCCCCUUUCUGCCUGGCCCGCUUGGCGCGGCUCUCUGCCUGCCACAAUCCGCCCCUAGCACAAAAGUGGCCCGGCAGGUUCCGGGCCGCCGCCAAAGCUCCCGCUCCGUCUGCGCUUGGCUGCCAGAAACAGAGCUGGAGCGAGCCGGGGGUACCGGACACGCAGAACAAGAGGCAGAAGGGGGACCUCUCUCUCUCUCUCUCUGUCUCUUUCUGCCUCACUCACUCAGCUGCCUCUUUAGACAAGGGUAGCGUGUUCAUCACGGAGCCUCCUGUCUUCUGCCAUCUAGGCGCGGCCUCGGAUCAGGACCCUGCGUUCUGCCGCCAGUCUGCGUCGCGCCGCGGCUCCUCUCUCUGA